AUGCUCGAUCAAACCGUUCCCACCGCUUCGCUUUCCCCGCCUCCCGAGCUGGAUCCUCAAAGCAGCCACUCCCUGAAUGCCGCAUUUCAGGACCCCUCGAUUGUCUCGAUUGGACGAUCCAAGCCUAUCUUCCAGGCCCCCGACGACCACUCGGGCUCGUCGACCGUGACGCUGGGUGCUGGGAUCUCUCCCUUCCCCAUGCCCCAGUUCCAUGCGCAACACUCGAUGCCUCCCGGCUUCUUCCCGGGUUUCUCCCGCGACAACUUUUCGGGCGAGUUCCUCCCGCCCAUCGCCGACCCCUCCAUGCUCGGCCACGCCUUCCCGGUUUUCAGCUCGAUUCCCAUCGACAAUCCCCGCGUCGCCGUCCUCGGGUCGCCCAUAGGCAGCCCCCAGGCCGAUCAUGCUGCCACGCCGCCUUCGCCUCCGCGCUCGCCUGCUUCCCUUGCCGAUGGCGCCGAUAGCGACGUCUCCAUCCAGACCCACCUUGGCUCCGAGACCGACGGCGGUCUGGUUGCAGUCUCUCAGCCCGGCAACCCCGGCUUUGUUGCUUGGUCGCCCUAUCCGAUGAUGUCUGCCUGGCCUCACUUUGUGCCUGCUGCUGCUGCCUUCCCUCUGGCGCAUCCCACUCACCCUCUCCCGGGGGCUCAUCCCGACUAUGUGGUUCCUGUUUCUUCCCAGCCUAUCUUCCACUCGCCUGCAGGCACGCCUUUUGUCGGCCAUAUCCUUCCUCCCGUUAUGGCUCCGGACAGCGCUCCGUUCCCCAUCAACCCCCAGCUCGUGCCGACUCCCUUUGGUGGCUUCUACGAAUCGAUCCCCUAUGUCAAUGAGGAGCACAAGCAUCCUCCUGCUCCCCGUACCUCUCGUCUUCCGGUCACCCUGAAGGAUCCCAACACGGGCCGACUCGUUGCCGUCUUUGUCGGCGGCGCUGCGCUGGAGCCAGAGAACACCGAUGUCAUGGACGAUGAGUAA